AUGCAAAACGAAGAAGAAACAUCUUCAAAAGAUGACGAUGAAGAAUUAUUAUUAUUAACAGAAGAAAAAUUUCGUGAAAAAUACAAUUAUGAAGAAAUGAAAAAAGUUACAUUUAAAAAAAAAUUUAAAAGAAAUUUAAAAUGUAACAAAGAAAAAAUAUUAAAUUUUAUCCCGAUAUGUAGAUGGUUACCAAAAUAUAAUCCGAAAAAAGAUUUGGGAUAUGAUAUUAUUGCGGGAAUAACAACAGCAGUCAUGCAUAUACCACAUGGACUUUCAUAUGCACCCCUCGCAAGGGUUGAUCCCAUAAUCGGUUUAUACAUGGCUAUUUUUCCUGUUUUUGUUUAUAUGAUAUUUGGUACUUCUCGUAUACUUUCCAUCGGAACUUUUGCCGUUUUAUGUACAAUGGUAGGCGAUGUCGUAAAUAGUCAUCAAGCUAAUUAUCAAUCUUUAAUCGAUAAAGCUUAUGCUACGAAUAACACUUUAAUCGUACAACAUAAUUAUACGUCAUUAGAAGUGGGUACUGCUGUUUGUUUGCUUGUUGGUUUUUGGCAAUGUUUGUUAGGUUUUUUAAGAUUGGGGGUUUUUAUGGUUGUCAUGUCAAAAAGCAUGGUAUCCGGUUUUACGACGGGAGCUGCUAUAUGCGUUUUUUCCUAUCAGCUUAAAUCAAUUUUCGGUAUCCACGUUCAAACAUUUACUGGCGCAUUAAAACUCGUUUAUUUUUACAUAGAUUUUUUCAGUAAAAUAAAAACAACGAAUUGCGUGACACUCGGCACGUCAUUAUCCGCUAUUGCUCUAUUGUUAUUUUUUAACGAAUAUUUAAAACCAUUAAUUAAAAAAAAACAUCCUAAAAAUCGAAUACCCGUACCCAUAGAAUUGUUUGUAUUAGUAAUAGGUAUAUUAACAUCUUACAUGUUAGAUCUUAAGAAAAAUUAUAAUGUCGAAAUAGUAGGAUACAUACCACAGGGUAUGCCUGUAGCUCAAAUGCCCCCCCUAUCACUAUUACCCCACGUAAUUACAGAAAGUUUUAUGGUGGCUUUAGUCGCUUUGUCAAUAAAUUUGUCUCUGACAAAAAUUUUUGAAUCAAAAUCCGAUUAUGUAAUUGAUGAUAAUCAAGAAUUAAUUGCUUAUGGUUUUUCAAAUAUCGCAUCUUCAUUUUUUUUAUGUUUGCCUUCUGCUGCAUCACUUUCUAGAACCACAAUACAAUAUUCAACCGGUGGUAAAACACAAUUGGCUAGUUUUUUCAGUGCCGUACUCAUGAUUCUAACAAUUAUUUUUGUACAAUUUUUAUUCGAACCCGUACCUUAUUGCAUACUCGGAUCGAUUGUUGUCGUUACUCUUAAGGGGCUACUUCUACAAGUAUUAGAUUUGCCAAAAAUUAUAAAAGAAAAUUUAAUGGAUGGAAUAAUUUGGAUCGGUACAUUUUUUGCUGUUAUAUUAAUUGAUAUCGAUAUAGGAUUAGGGGUUGGAAUACUUUUAUCCGUUGUUUCCCUUGCAUUUUCUUCUUCGGUUUUAAAAGUUAACGUCAUAGGACAGGUUCCUCAAUCAAAUAUAUAUUUAAAUAUGGAAUUUUAUAAAUCAGCAACAUCAAUACCCUAUAUAUUGAUAUUAAAAAUCGAGGGAAACGUUACUUUUGCCAAUUGUAGUAAUUUAGAAAAAAAAAUAUUAAGAGAAUAUAAGAAUUUUUUUGCAUUUUCCAUCGAAGAUGAUUCAAAUGUAAUAUUAGAUUUAAGUUCAAUGAAUACCAUCGAUCCCACGGGAGUUAAAAUUUUUAUUGAAUUAUAUCAAUAUUUUUCUAAAUUAAAUACUAAAUUAUAUAUAACUCAUUGUAAUAAUAGAGUGUAUAGAGUUUUACACAAAUGUAAAUUUUUUACAAUUUUUCCAAAAGAACAAGUGGCAGCAUCGGUAAAUGAUGUCGUCAUUUAUUUAAAUAGUAAAAAAUAA